GAGCCUAUCUCAGUCUUGUGACUUUAUUUUGAAACCUUUGCCCCUGGACAAUAUAAGUUGGAUAAAAGGCACUGAGAGAAUGCUAAGCACAGCAUUAUCUGGCUGACUUUACGUUACUGAGAUUCAAACAAGAAUAUUUGGAUUAUGAGAGAACAAACGGACAUCACUGUUAAUCAGUUCAGUGUUUCAGCGUCUCUUGCCUUCUCAAUGCAGCAAGUUAUCAGUGUCUGGGUGCGGGACCCACGGAUACGAAAGAACGACUUUUGGCAUGCCUACAUAGACUAUGAAAUUUGUUUACAUACAAACAGCGUGUGCUUCACCAAGAAGAUCUCAAGUGUGAGAAGGAGGUACAGUGAGUUUGUAUGGCUCAGGCAGAAGCUACAAGCAAAUUCACAGCUAAUGUUACAGCUGCCAGAGCUGCCCCCAAAGAACCCUUUCUUCAGCCUGAACAGCGCCCAGCAGAUUACUGAACGGAUGAAAGGGCUCCAGACGUUUUUGGAACAGACCCUCCAGAGUCCCCUGCUGUUGUCCGACAGUUGCCUGCAUCUUUUCCUGCAGUCACAGCUAAGCCCAUCCAAGAUGGAGGCCUGUGCUGCUGGAAGGACCCACUACUCUGUGGCCCAGGCGGUCCAGCACUGUGGCCUGAGGCGAUUCCACUCUGAAGAGGAUCUGCAGAAGGACCUCAGUAUGUCCUGUGACUCUGACUCAGACGGCUCAGAGUGUAGAGAUCCAGAGCUUCGGAUUAAAGAUUUGGCAAUAAACAAAGCAGAGAGUACAGCUUCACUUGAUCUCAUGGGAACCAGCCAGGAGGAAACCCACAGCUGCUUAUGUGGUUCUACAUGAAAACAUCAUCAUCAUAUUAUCGGCACAAAUGUUUGGACCUGUGAACAAGAAAUGUUAUUUCACUUGUAAAAAAGUUAUAGUUUAUUAUGUUCUCAUUGGAGCAUUUCAGUUUGUAACAUGUACAGUAAAUAGUAACAAAAAUGUAACUAUUGUAUAUCCAUAAAGUGUUGUUUACCAGUAUGUUCUGUCUGCACAGCUAUAAAGUUGUAGCAACAAUUUUCCUGAAGAUGGCAGUGUUGUUACAUCAAUCUGUUUGUAUAUUAAUUUAUCCCAUGAACAUAUGCUGUAACUGUCCAUAUUCACUUCAUAAACACGCCUAACAUUCA